AUGCCGAAGCUUUUCGUGGAGCGGGACUAUGUGGACCAGGAGUUGGCGAAGCUGCGACGCGAGAUGAGCAACCUCAAGGCAGAGCUCCUGUCCAAGCUUGGUGAGGAGUUUGGCAGCCAGAAACAUGACUUGGAGUCUUCGAAGAGGCAGCUGGAGGAGGAGAUGGGCAUUACCAUCUCGGGCAGUGAGGAGAGCAUCCCUGUGGAAGGAGGCGCAUACCGAAGGGAGAUCGCGUCAGCCGAAGGCAAGAAGAGGGGCGCUGUGGGCGCGAGUGGGACGUCCCAGGAGCCUGGCGAUGAGAAGGAUCCAAGCGAGGAGAUUGUAUGUUUCGACAGGAAGAGCGCCUGGAGCAUCCCAUUGGUACUCUCUUGGAGCAACGUAACGGACAGCAUCUUUGCGUGCAUCCUGCUUCUGCUGAAUGCCUCCAUGCAGAUCCUCUUCAUCGUCAUCCUCUUGUCGCCAGAGUUCCUUGGCGAAGACUUCUCGGAGCAGCUGGAGAGUGCGAAAGAAUGGCGCCGAAGCUUUGCUCACGACUACCUCUACGUCGACCUGGCGGAAAAGAGCCUUGCGACCAAGGUCUGCGAUGAAGAUGGCUCUCUGAUCUUCUCUACUGCUCAGGUGGCACUUGUUGGUGAGAUCAACAGCUACCUUGCCCUCAGCAAGUCUGGGGAGGAGGCUUUUCAAUUGCCAUACUUUCAGCCGGGUGUCUUGCUGUCGGUCUUGUGCAUCCUACUCUGGAACAUCUGCAUCUUCAGGGAGCUGCGGAGCAUCUGGUAUGUCCUGAAGGGCAUUUUGUUGGGCAGCGCCUGGUCCAAAGCACGGCUUUCCCGACCCAACGUGCAAGAGCUCUGGCAGUUGUCUUGGCAGCGGGGUCUUGCGAUGUCCUGCGUUUGCCUUGGCCGCAUUUGCGUCGCCUGCGCCUUGCUGAUCUCGGGUUGUAUUUGGUUGGGACGCACCACUUCGAUUACGGAGCUAAUGCUAAACUCAGUGGCCUUGGAAUCCGUCUUGCACGUGGACGAGUUCAUCUUCUCGGCCCUGGUGCCCACGAACCUGCAGCAGAAGAUCCAAAUCCUGCAGAAAGUGAAGAUCAAAAAAAGCCGUCGGUGUCCAAGCUUGGAGAACUUGGUGCUCUUCUCGGUGCUCUCGGCUGCUCUCCUGCUUCCUUACCUCCUCAUCUUGGCGCCGCUAAGAGAGACCAUGCUCCAGGUGAAGUAUGAACUCUGUGGAGGGAACCAGGCGUUUGCCAUGGGUUUCAAAGACGGCAUCGUGCGGGAAUUCGUCACGCAGCCCGCCGAAAGCAACAUCACAGGUAACAGGUACAUUGAGACGGCAGUGCAGGAAAAGGCGUUCCCAGACGCAUUUCCUGUGAAGCUUUCCGUUCCGGUUCUGGAACCGGACAUCUCCCGCAUGCGCACGAUGCUCAACCAAGAGUACGUCGACUGGAAGCGGGAAUUUGCCGAUUGUCCCCUUGACAGCAAUGGGAGCACGAUGACGGACUUCCUUGCAGCCGCAGCCUUCGAGGUUGGCCACACCGGAAACAGAAGCUGCGAAGCUCUGGAACAGUACUGCAGCGAUUCGGACACUUUUGAUUACGACACUUUUUUGAGACUCCAUUCGACAGCAGCAACAUGGCUGCGCUUCGCUUGCCCCAGGGCUUGUGGAUGUACGGAUCCCCAUUCGUCGCCGGUUUACAGGACUCCGCGCCAUGGCUGCCGCAGGUCUUGCAUCCAGCAGCGGUAUGGCUUCUCCAUGUUCUCCGGGAGCCCUUUCUUCGGUCAGCUCCCGAGCUUCCCCGCGGCCUGCAAAGAUACUCCUCCUGGGACAGCCUGGCGCCACUUCUGGGGCAACGCCGCGUUUAUGACGGCCGCACAUCUGAGUUCCGCUUCUGUUUUCGAGAGUGAAAGCUUCCGCUCCUUUGUGGGAGCCGCGUUGGAAGUGGGCUGCCCCAUCCUGACCGUUGCUCCCACCGACUAUGGUGGAAACCUCUUAUGCAGAGGGAGUGUCUACUCCCUGCCCUUGGCGUGGUGGUGUCCAGAGACCUGUGGUUGCGCAUCCUCUGGCAACGCCGAAAGAGACCGCUUCUGCUUUGGGCAUGACUACUGCCCCAUGCACGUACCGGAAACAGACACGACCGCAGCGUGGGAGUUCAUCCGAAAGUACGAUGUUUUAAGAGUGCUUAUGAAUCCGGAGGUCAUCCCAUAUUCCCUGUAG